AUGUAUCUACAUACUUUUGACAUCGGAGAAUGGACUGUUCAUAACUGGUCACGUAGCGUGCCUCAUAAAGUGCAUACGAAAAAUAGGAAUAGUACAGUUAAAGAACAAGAAGAAGAAGGAAGAAAACAUUUAAGAGAAUAUUUGAAUAUGCUUCCAAAACUGGAAUCACAUUAUUGCCGAAAAUCUACGACUAAACUUUAUUUAGAGCGUAGUUGGGGCAGCAAACAAAGCCUUUACCGAGAAUAUCUGAAUUAUCUUAGAGAAAAGGGGAAAGAUGACUGUAAAGUAUCAAAUUUCAUAUUUUGGGAAGAAUUUGAGGCAAUGAACCUUUCAUUAUUUUCUCCCAAGAAAGAUGAAUGUGAUGUUUGUUGCGCCAGAAGGGUCGGUAAUUUAAGUGACGCAGAUUACAACAUACAUAUUUUGCGCAAGGAUAAGGCAAGACAAGAGAAGUCUUCACACAAAAAUAUAUCUGAUCCAUCUAUGUACACUUAUUUUACGACCAACUGCCUCACCAAUGCAGUGAUCAAAGAAGGAAUACCUGUAGCUGUGGAAGAGCAGUGUUUACUGGGUAAUUUUACGGACGUGCGGCGU